GUUCCGGUUGACAUUAAAAAACAAUUUACGAGACUUAAGUAAUUAUCAUUUGUUGCUGUCUGGAAAGUUGAUCUACUAGACGACAGGAGCAGUGAUAUUUUUCUAACUUUGUGCUAAAUUUUGUGAUAAAAAUGUCGUUGUCAGGAAGAGCUCUACAUUUCGUUUUCAAAAUCCCGAACAGGAAAGAAUCGAUGCGAUUUUAUUUUCAAGUGUUGGGGAUGAAAUUGCUAAGACACGAAGAGUUUGCUGAAGGUUGCGAGGCUACUUGUAAUGGGCCGUACGAUGGUAGAUGGAGCAAAACCAUGGUCGGUUACGGAGAAGAAGACAACCAUUUCGUUAUCGAACUAACAUACAACUACGGCAUAACUAGUUAUAAAAAAGGCAACGAUUUCGAAAAAAUUACAAUAAAGAGCAAAGAAGCUUUGGAAAGAGCGAAAGCACAAAAUUGGCCAGUUGAGAACGGCAAUAUAUUAGUUGCCCCAGGAGGUUAUCGGUUUCAAAUUGUAGAUGAGCCCCAACCAUCCGAUAGAGAUCCUGUGGACUCUGUCACAUUGAAUGUUUCAAAUUUAAAGAAAUCCAUUGAAUACUGGAACGGCAUUUUAGGACUAAAAAUCUUUAAAAGUAACGAUAAGUCAACAGUACUUGGUUUUAAAGAAAACGAGGCAAAAUUAGAAAUUCAAGAAAUUGGUCAAGCAAUUGAUCGGGGAGAAGCAUUCGGUCGUAUUGCUUUUUCGAUUCCACAUGCAGAACAAGAACCUCUCUCCACGAAAAUUAAUGAAAACAAGUGCACGGUUCUAACACCUCUUACAGUUCUACCAACUCCUGGUAAAGCCGAUGUUCGUGUUUUAAUUUUAGCUGACCCUGACGGCCAUGAAAUAUGCUUUGUCGAUGACGAAGGUUACAGGCAACUUUCACAGCCAGAUUAUGGCAGUGAAAGAGUACUUAAUGUUCAGAUGAGGAAAGAUACUUAUGAUACAUCAAGCUAAAGCUGUUAUAACCAGUAAUACAUUCGCAAGAUAUCUCUAUAUUCUAUAUAUUUUACUCAUGUUAAAAGAUAUUUCAAUAUACAUUUUAUUAUGUUA